GUGUGGUUAAAAUUUGUUAGGGAGAGAAUUUAACGUGGACAAGUUGACGUUUGAAAGGCAAAGUGCUGGCUUAGGUUUUGGCGGCGGCGGUGCAGGGGAGCUUCCUCCAAAGUUCGUGUAGUGCCGGGGAGCUACAAGAAAUUCCUGCGUUAGAAGCUUGUGACGGGUUUCAAAAAGGUCUCCCGCCAUCGCCGCUCCGCGGCGUCACUGAAGGAAACACGCCGGCCUGUUUCAGUAAACCCUACCCCUGCUAGCAUCACACUAAUUCCUCAAAGUUACUUCGAAAGAGAAGAGAAAUACAUCCAUGGGAACAUCGGUGCAGGUGAAGCCAUUGUGCGGAGUGUACAAUGAAAACCCUCUCUCAUACCUUGUCUCCGUUGACGGCUUUAAUUUUCUUAUUGAUUGUGGUUGGAAUGACCACUUCGAUCCCUCCAUUCUUCAACCUCUCUCCAGGGUAGCAUCAACUGUGGAUGCUGUGUUGCUCUCACACCCAGACACGCUUCAUCUCGGUGCCCUUCCCUAUGCCAUGAAGCAGCUUGGAUUAGCUGCGCCUGUGUUUGCAACUGAACCUGUUUAUAGAUUAGGAUUACUAACCAUGUAUGAUCAAUAUCUAUCGAGGAAGCAAGUGUCAGAUUUCAAUUUGUUUUCUCUGGAUGAUAUUGACCAUGCAUUCCAAAAUGUAACCAGAUUAACAUACUCUCAGAACUAUCAUAUAUCAGGAAAAGGUGAAGGAGUUGUCAUUGCUCCACAUGUAGCUGGUCAUCUGCUGGGUGGUACAAUUUGGAAGAUAACAAAAGAUGGGGAAGAUGUUAUAUAUGCUGUUGACUUCAAUCAUGGCAAAGAAAGGCAUUUAAAUGGAACUGUUUUAGAAUCUUUUGUUCGCCCUGCUGUCCUGAUCACCGAUGCCUAUAAUGCUUUGAGCAAUCAACCCUCAAGACGCAAGAGAGAUCAAGAAUUCCUAGACACUAUUGAGAAAACUUUAAAAGCCAAUGGAAAAGUAUUACUACCCGUAGAUACUGCUGGUAGAGUAUUGGAACUCAUUUUAUUGCUUGAACAGCAUUGGCAUCAUAAGGGCUUGAGCUAUCCUGUUUUUUUCCUAACAUAUGUUGCAUCAAGUACAAUCGAUUUUGUCAAAAGCUUCCUUGAGUGGAUGGGCGAUUCAAUUGCCAAGUCAUUUGAAGAUAGACGGGAUAAUGCUUUUCGCUUGAAGCAUAUCACGCUUUUGGUAAAUAAGAAUGAUUUUGAGAAGUUGCCAGAAGGUCCCAAGGUUGUUCUAGCAUCCAUGGCUAGUCUAGAAGCUGGAUUUUCACAUGACAUAUUUGUUGAGUGGGCCACUGAUAAAAGUAAUCUCGUUUUAUUCACUGAAAGAGGGCAGUUUGGCACACUUGCACGCGUGCUUCAAUCGGAUCCGCCUCCUAAAGUAGUUAAAGUUACCAUGUCAAAGAGAAUACCUUUGGUUGGGGAAGAGUUAGCUGCUUAUGAGGAGGAGCAGAAUAGAAUAAAAAAGGAGGAAGCUCUAAAAGCUAGUAUGCUUAAAAAUGUUGAAUCAAAAGAAUCUUUUGGGAGUGGCCAUGACGUGAAUGACCCCAUGAUCAUUGAUACAUCUACUGUCACAAAUUCAUUUUCAAAUGUUACCAGAAGACAAGUUGGGGCCUUCAAGGAUGUAUUUAUCGAUGGGUUUGUUGUCCCUUCUUCUAGUGUCGCACCAAUAUUUCCCUGCUUCGAUAACCCCGUCGAAUGGGAUGAUUUUGGUGAAGUCAUCAAUCCUGAUGAUUAUGUGAACAAGGAUGAACAUAUUGAGCAAUCAUUGAUGACUGUUGAUGGAGAUCUUCAAGGAAAACUUGAUGAAGGAUCUGCUAGCCUUAUAUUCGAUACUACACCAUCAAAAGUUGUAUCUUCUGGUUUAACUGUCCUAGUGAAAUGCUCAUUACUUUACAUGGAUUUUGAAGGCCGAUCUGAUGGUCGCUCAAUGAAAUCAAUUCUUGCCCAUGUCGCUCCAUUAAAGCUUGUUUUAGUACACGGUACAGCCGAAGCAACAGAGCAUUUGAAACAACAUUGUCUAAAGCAUGUAUGCACACAUGUUUAUGCUCCAAAAAUUGAAGAAAUGAUUGAUGUCACUUCAGAUUUGUGUGCAUAUAAGGUCCAACUAUCAGAGCAGUUAAUGAGCAAUGUGCUUUUUAAGAAGCUUGGAGACUAUGAAAUAGCAUGGGUUGAUGCUGAAGUGGGGAAAACAGACAGUGGCGUGUCAUCUUUACUCCCUCUUUCUCAUCCUGCUCCAGCACAUAAAACAGUACUUGUUGGAGACUUGAAGUUGUCAGAUUUCAAGCAGUUUCUUGCAAACAAGGGCGUACAGGUAGAAUUUGCAGGUGGAGCCUUGAGGUGUGGGGAAUAUGUGACUCUGCGAAAAGUAGGAGAUGCAAGCCAAAGGGGUGCUGCAGCUGCUGCUACUCAACAGAUCAUUCUUGAGGGCCCACUCUCCGAAGAAUAUUAUACAAUUCGGGAGUGCUUAUACUCACAGUUUUACUCCCUCUAAUCUGAGCACGGGUUUCGUGGAUUCCCCUAACAUCUGAUAUCCAGAGAUAUGUACUGCAACAUUCACAUCUCAGAAAUGACUUGGAAGAAAGGCUUGUACUAAAACUUUUUGUUGUUGUUGUUGACUCAUGUUCUAGUGGCUUUUCUUUGUAACUUGGUUGGGAGGAACAGAGAGUUCAUUGACCAAGCUUAUAAUAUACUCCAUGCUUAUUUAAUUAUAUGAUUAGGAAUUUCUUGUUCAUUUAAAUCUAAGCUUUCGGAUUUAUAAAAUUAUACUCUGUAUAACUGUAAUAUUGUUUGAGGUUAUAUCAUUUGCAGUAUUAUAGUAACACAUUUUAAUUCUUGUAUAAGUAGAUAUUCUGUAUGUUUAUUUUUUGACUGCUAAUAAACGACUGUGAACUUG